AUGAAGUUCAUUUCAAUCAUCACUCCUGCCGUGCUUGCCGCAAGUGCAAUGGCACUUCCAACCUCACAGAAACGCGAUGGCUCUACAGGACCCUUUUCUGUAAUCGCCCUCCGCUCUGCAUCGCCUAUCCAUCUCCAACCCGUCAACGCUGCUGGCGAAAGAUUCUGGAUUGGCGGUCAGGCCGCCACCUACUGUCCCUCAGAGGUCGUCGACCCAUGCCCUCCUGGCACGGAAACCGUUUGGGCCAAUACUAAUGCCUUGGACGUCGAAGUCCCAGGCGGCCAGGAGGUCUAUGUUGACCCCUCUGGCGCCCUCGCUUUCACCCAGGCUCACUCAGCCAAUAUCCCAACGGGCGCUUCCCUAGGACCAUUCACAUUUACCCCCGGUACACAAUUCGGCACAUACUCGACCAGCGCUUUCGGUGCCACGGGCUUCAUGGCAUGUCCCGAUGAUGCUGCCAAUCCUACCAAGUGGCAGGUCUUUGCCGCUUUCCAGGGUGCGUCGGUCCCGACUGGUAAUGUUGGGGAUUGUUUGGGAUUUGACGCUGGUGCGCCUGCGUACACGGGGGAUAUUCCUGCUUGGCAGUAUAUCUAG